GCGGGACGGACCCUCCCGAGAAGUCUCUCGCCCGCGGCCGGCCGCGCUCGGACGGCGCCCGCCGGCGGCCGGGCGGUGCCAGCAUGUCGGCGGCCGUGGCGUGCCUGGACUACUUCGCCGCCGAGUGCUUGGUGUCCAUGUCCGCGGGCGCUGUGCUUCACCGCCGCCCGCUGGACCCCGAGGGCGCGGGCGGAGCCGCUGGCUCGGAGGUGGGUGCGGCGCCGCCGGAGUCCGCUCUGCCGGGUCCAGGGCCCCCGGGGCCCGCGUCCGUCCCCCCGCUCCCCCAGGUCCCCGCCCCCAGCCCCGGCGCGGGCGGCGCCGCGCCCCACCUGCUGGCUGCAAGCGUCUUGGCUGACUUGCGCGGCGACUGCGGGGAGGGCUUCGGGGAGGACUCGGGGGAAGCUCCGCGCGCCUCGUCCGGCUUCUCCGACCCGACGCGGGGCUUCGGCUCGACCCUGUGCUCAGAGCCGGCCCUGGCCUCUGGCGCGGUGGAAGUCUCCUGGUCCACGCACUCCUCCGACGCCCUUCGGGUGCCAGGCGCGCCUGCUGUCCCGGGAGUGCCUGCGGCCCCCGGCGGGGUCUCUGGCGUGGCCCCUGGCGUGGGUCCCGCCUCCGCCACAGGUACUGUCGCCCGUCGGAGGCCAGUUACACCUGCAGCCAAGCGCCAUCGCUGCCCCUUCCCGGGCUGCAACAAAGCCUAUUACAAGUCGUCGCAUCUCAAGUCCCACCAGCGCACCCACACGGGUGAGCGCCCUUUCUCCUGCGACUGGCUCGACUGCGACAAGAAGUUCACGCGCUCCGACGAGCUGGCCCGUCACUACAGGACGCACACGGGCGAGAAGCGCUUCUCCUGCCCCCUCUGCCCCAAGCAGUUCUCCCGGAGCGACCACUUGACCAAGCAUGCUCGUCGCCACCCAGCCUAUCAUCCCGACAUGAUCGAAUACCGGGGGCGCCGUCGCACUCCCCGCGUCCAGUCGCAACCCACCUGUCUAGUGGACAGCUCCAACUCCGUCACUGGCCAGGAGCCCAGCCUCACCUCCUGCCGGUCUGACAGUCAGUGCUGUUAGUCAUCCCUUCAAGGACGAUCCCCAGGCUGUUGUCCCUGCCUUCUCUUUGCCCAUCCCUCUCUCCCAGAAUCAUUAGGCCAAGGCACAGACUGGUUCCUUUGCUCUAAGGGUGGAUCCAGGCAGUCACGUUGGACUCUGGGGAGGGAUUGGGGACCUGUAAAUAGCAGGAAUUCUUACAACAGGCAUAUCAUCCUAAAAGGGGGGAGGGGGAGGUUGCCUCAAACAUCCCCCAGGAAUUGGUGAGAAGGAGAGUCCUGAAGAUUCUCCCUUCCCUGGAACCAGAGAUGUAAAACUGGAAUUCUUAGGUGCCCGAGGAGCUCGCAGUCUCAGAGGACUCUGGUGUCUUACCCACCCACCAGGGCGGACCUUGGAGACGGUGACAGGGGUGGCAGUCUUGGAAAUAUCCAGGUCUGGGAUGGUGAGAGGCCUUUGGAAACAGAAAUGAUUUCUAUUUCUGUGAACAGCAAUGUUUACUAAUUUAUUUUUAGUGUCUUUUAAACAGGAAUCCCAGGUUGAUGGGAGGUUGAUGUCCUCUAUUGCCCAAUUGCCCCAGCUACCUCUGCUCGGAGAGGUCAUGUAAGAGUCCAUGUAGACGUAUGACUGGGAGAUGCUUUUUGGUGUCUGGGGAGUGGUGCAAGGCUGUUUGCAGGUCCUGCUGCACGGUUUGGAACCCUGCACUUGUGUCAUCGUCUUCCUUCCCAUUUGGAUUCCUAUUUGGAGAGGGUAACUUCCUGGCUCACUCUGACAGUGAAAUUGGUUUAAAAAUUUGGAAACAACCAUAAAAGCACCAGAAAUAAAAGGGUGGUUCAAGCUAGAUACCCCUUCACCCAGAGGGCAAACCCAAGUGACUUUGGGUGAGAUAGGUCCAAAACAAAACCUUUCAGAACUAUUGUUAAUAUUCAGGGAAAUAAGGACAUGAGGUCCCAGCUGCCCACUCUAAAUAAUCUCAGGUGUGGUAGAUUCUGUUCAUUUCUUAGUGGCUAGCUAGGGGUUUAUUUCCCUCCGGGUCUGUGCAUUUUUGUUUCUGCAACAGGUGAGUUGGUGGUUUGGGGACGAGAAGGUGAGAGUGGCUUCUUCUAAAGAGCUGGUUGCCCUGGAUUUCGGGAAGGAACAGGAAAGUGGAAGUUGUUAGCAGAUAGGAGGACCCUUCUCUCCUAACCUUGGAGUCCCUCCAAGUAACACCCUCAGGACCCCUCUCCCCCAGUGCAGAAAUUGAGUAUCAACAGUAUUUAUUUAUUUUCUAUAUGUAUCUCUGCUGCUAUGGAUGAAAUCGUCGGCCACUCUGCUUAUGUAUGUGUGAAUUUGUAUAUGUGUGACCCUUUCACUAGAGAUGGGGGCUG